UACAUCUUGCGAAGAGCUUGCGCAAGUGAGGCUUUGCGCAGAAACUUUGGUGUGCACUUACAGUCACAGCAGUCUAAUUUCACUAUGAGUUGUCAUGACACUUAGAGUGAGAGAGUGUUUAAUGAUAGCUCGCGGCUGAUGACAUAGAACAGUCAUAAUAAAAAACAGACUAAACAGCAUUUUAAAAAAUCGGACUUGCUUGAGUUAAUCGUCAUGGAGAGGCAGGCUCUUCGUUUGUAUGGAUUCCUUGUUUUCUUCGGGCUUUUUCAGUUGUCCAGUAGCAGGGCUGUUAUUGAGAUACUUUUCAUGAGGUACCAGGCGAGUUGUACGGAGGACGCUGGCACCAGCAAGUGUGACCCAAAGUUUACUUUCUGUUUGAAGAGAGACACGGAUCCAAUGAGCAUCAGUUCAUGCUACUAUGGAUCAGCUGGCGAGAGCAGCCACUAUCAAGACACGAACGACAUCGACUUUAGUUAUAGAAAGGAUGUAGGCGGUAUCCCCAAUCCAUGGAUUAUACCCCUUACUAAAGACCCGGGACCAAAAAUUCUAUUUGUCAUUCGCAUCAGGGACGAUGAUAUUUUUGGAGAUGAUCAUCUGCAGACAUGGGGAACAAAUCUUACGGAGGUCGUCUACCCGUCUAAAGACAUUGCUGUAUUUAGCAACAGGAGUACAAGCAGCGGAGGCUACACGAUGAAGUUUAGAAUAAGAAUUUAUUGCGACGCCAACUACUUCUCAUCCAAUUGUUCCACUUACUGCAAAGUCCAGGACAGUGCUGCUGGCCACUUUUCCUGUGACCCAAUUACUGGGACCAAAGUCUGCGCUAAAGGUUGGACUGGGGUCAACUGUACAGAAGACAUCAAUGAGUGUAGCCAGCAAAUCUGUGAAACUGGAACAUGUGAAAAUUUGGUGGGAGAUUACAUCUGUCACUGUCCUCCUCAUUACAUGGGAAAAAAUUGUUCUGUGGUGGAGAACCUAUGUGCAAGCAAUCCUUGUUUACAUAAUGGGACUUGUACGUUCAACAACGUAACAUUCACAACCAACUGCACAUGUCUUAAAGGCUAUGAUGGCAACAACUGCGAGUGGAAAAAUGGUUCAUGUCAGUCUAGUCCUUGUCUAAAUGGGGCUACAUGUGUCAGCAAUUCAGAUGACACAUCCUAUAGUUGCCAGUGUGUCUACCCUUACAGUGGAGGUCAUUGUGAAUUCAUUAGCUCGACCACAAUAUGGACAACUCCAAAUCAGAGUUACCUUUCUACAACAGUGCCAACAACAAGCUCAUGGACUACCACACCAACAACAGAGCAGCUUAGGCCUUCAUCAAACUCCACUUCCAAUGCAACAGUAGGCGGCAACAUAAUAGGCUCCGAUGAUUCUUCAAAAGGAAAAAAUGAAGACUUUAAACUAUGGUACAUAAUUGUCAUAUGUGUUGGACUUGUAAUCAUCGUGGUCAUUAUCUUGGCUUGUAUCAUUUGGAGACAUAGAGACAGGAAGGAGAAAAAAGAGAAGUAUGUAGAAAUACAGAGUGAGAAUGGUUCAACAAACAAUUUGGCAUUUGGAAACUCUUUGUAUAACACAGUCAGCCUUAAUCCCCAACCUAGAACACAAAGACAGUUGUCACCAUUACCAACAACACCUUCAGAAGACGACCAGUUUAACCCACCAAAACCUUUCUUUAACCCUGAAGGGGCAGUGGGCGGGGCUUAUGCCGAUAUGGAUGCUGAUGGUUAUGUUAAACCAAGGGAAAUCACCGAUGUGAAAUCCUCUGAAUUGCUAGAGAGGGCAAAAGACAACCCAUAUCAAGAUUUUAAUACCCUCAACACCAAGCUAAGAAAACAGGCUUCUGAGGAAUCUCCUUAUCAAGACCUUGAUGAAGUAAAGAUAACUCUAGAUGGAUUGGUUGGACAAUCCUCCACUGAUUCAGUAUUUCUCAAUGAACCUGAUGGUGAGGGAAUGAACCCCUACUCAGAUGUUCCCAACAACCUGCCAAGGCUUGUUAUCCCCCCCUUCACUAUUCCUGAUUUUGUUCAACCAGUUGAUGACGAUGUAGACAACAUCCCUUACAUGAAUGCACCAGAUCCACCAACGUUUGCACCACAAGAUGUGGACAGCAUUGGUCCAUUUGAACCAGUGCCAGAACCAGUGGAAACAGAAAACUCACCACAAUUCAGAUUGCCUGAAAGACCCUAUGCUGAAAUUCCAGUACGAUUUCACAACACCAACGACCCCUUUGCAGCCCCCCUGAUAAAUAAUGAGGAUGAACUGCAAGACAUUGGAUUGCCAGUUUUAGGAGGGACGGAAUGUGGCUAUGACACACCUAAGAUAUUAGCUGGCAGGCAAUUUUCACUUGCUGGUGAUGAAGCUGGAUACAAACAACCUUUUACCAGAAGUUCCCUCCCUUCUGACAGCAGUGAGUACGACUCUCCAAGGUCCUUAAAAGCCAAGCCCCCCUCAGUCCUACCCAAACCCAAAGGGAGCAAACCAUGCUACAAUCCAUCAGAGAGCUUUGAAAAUGCAGCAUUUGACCGUAACGCCUCAGAAGACAACUUGCUUCCAUUCCAGCUGGAUUCUCUGCCUGAACAAGGACAAAAUUUCCAUGGAGUUAUUCCAGAAAGUUCUGAUGUUGAUGAGGAAAGUGAAGGAGGUGUGACUAAACCACCUCCUAUGGGUUUCUAUGUAGAGAAUUAUGCUUUUUCUCGAGAUUGAGUUGAUCACUAUUUUCCAGACAAAAAUUAAUUAAAUAAUGUUAACAACAAGAUCUGUAAUACGUUAAACAUUGUGAUUGUUGAAAUAAAAAAAUCUGUGCCAGAAAGAAAAUAUUUUGUCUUUAUCUGGAAUUUUCUUUAUGCUGCUUAGUUUA